UAUGUAAAUUAAAUGUCUUUUUUAAAAAAAAAUUGAUCAGUUUCAUCUUUGCUUUUAGCCUUUGCUGAAGUACAUGAUACCUUUGGGUUUAGUGUAUUUUGCUGAAUACCUUAUCAAUCAAGGACUGUUCGAGCUUUUGUACUUUCCAAAUGCUGAAAAAUGGCUGAAUCAGAAGGAACAAUACCGAUGGUAUCAAGUUGACUAUCAAAUCGGGGUUCUUAUAUCUCGAUCUUCUGUUAACCUUUUUCAAGUGAAACGUUUGUGGAUUUUGCCAAUUUUGCAGAUCUUCAAUAUGAUAAUAUUAUUGCUACAGAUUUACUUUUCAUUUAUCCCAAGUAUAUGGAUUGUACUUGCUCUAAUAUUUUAUGAAGGCCUACUAGGUGGAUGUGCAUAUGUUAACACAUUUUACAGAAUAUCAUCAGAGGUUGCUGAAGAAGACAAAGAAUUUUCUAUGGGUGUAGCAUCUCUUGGAGAUUCUAUAGGAAUAGCUUUAGCUGGAAUUGUUUCUAUGCCUGUACAUGAUAGACUGUGUAAAUUCCUGUGAUGAUCAUCUUAACAUUUAUAUUUUGUGAAAUAUAAUAUUUUAAUCUCUUUAUAUUUUGGAGAGUAAAAAUUUAUAGCAAUUGUAUAUUUUAUAUGUAUAUUUAAUUACGUAUUAAAAAUGGAGUGAUAUUUUCAUCCGGGGAAAAUAUGUAUGGCAGAAAAAAUAUGUAUGUCAGAAGAAAUAUGUAUUGUUACACUAAAUGGCCGUUCCCACUGGGUUUAUCUGAGCUAACGGGGACAAUUAACAUAGCCGACCCAUCUCCAAAACCAGUUUUUUCCCAUAGGGCAGUUGGAAAAUCUGAACUGCAGGCAUAGUGCAGCUAGUCAACACGUGUAACUGACUCUGUUAGCUCAGAUAAACCCCAAUGGGAACAGGCCUUAAUGGAUAUUUUAUGCCAUUAUUGCUGCAAAAUAAAUAUUAUGUCAUAUUUUUAGCAUGUAA